ACUGUCAGAUGUAAAAUCAAAGCAAAUUUAAAAUCUGACAAUUCAUAUCGCACCUCUAUAUCUCUCCUCACAUUCAAUUACUUUAAUUGGCAUAGACCUUAAUCAGAGCCGGUCAAGAGGUGCAUAAAUAUGGCUGGAAUUGCUGGAAACAAUGUACAGCGACUCCUAAAAACGGAAGGGUUGGAAGAUGAGACAGUGGUAAUUCUUCGUACUCCCCAGCUUCCCUCCGUAGAUACCCUUUUGGAUCUCACAAUUGCUGAGCUGUUCUUGGCCCUGAAAAUGAAUGGAAGGAGAGACGCCAAAAUUCAGUGGGGCAAGAUUCGUUUGGCCACUUCACUGAGAACUUUGCUGAUUGGCAUAAACAGGGUUGAUCUGGAGACUAAGUUUCCAUGCAUGAACUGCAAUCUACGCAAAGCUGAGUAUUUGUAUGAGAUCUGCCGUCAUUUCGGACUCUGCGCCCAGUGUCGCGAAAAUAGAUUGGACCUUGAUGUUUGGCACACUGGUGACCAAAGAGAGGCCUUCUGCCAGGUGUGCCACCAGAAGCACAGAAGUGAGCAAAUCUCAAAGGUGAAUGUCAUCAUCAAAGACGAACACAUUCAUUUGUUUGUUUAGAGGGGUGUAUGUAAUAUAGUUUGAUGUGAAUAUAAGCCCCUCAUUACAACGAAGUUGUCACUUGUUAGUAUUUAAAGUAUUUUCAAAUGUGUCCAAUCAAAAUAAACGUCAUAAUUGUAU